UAUGUGUAUAUAUUGCACUUAAUCUAAUUGACAGAAACAAGAUUUACAAUUUCUAUACAUGACAGCCAAAAUUCUAGCAAAUACAAAAAUUAGCGAUACAUUUUGGUUGUGACAUCAAGAAAUCUGUUCAUAUCAGUAAAAAAAUUUUUUUAACAAAAUUUUCAAGAACAACGUUCACAUUUUUGUUAUAAGAAUAUAUCUGUUUUAUAUCAAAAUGCAGACUUUAUCAUCAGAUCUAUUUCAAAAAAUUGUAUAGGAUAAAUUGAAGUAAGAUAAAUAGAUUACUUUAAUACCUUUAAGUGCUUGAUAACUUUCAAUAUUGUUAAUUGAAAUUGCACAUGUCUAGUGUCGUCACUCGAUUCAACUUAUAAGACCAACUAGUUAACAAAAGUGCUGUUUGGAACAGAAAUCGUGUGUACAAUGACUAAAAGUAUAAAUAUGAUUUUAAUGCCGCUUCUAGUGGUCAGCUAUAUAUUUGGUUUAAGAAUUGUCAAUUUAUCUGGUCAUACAAAACUAUGGUUUAACAUUUUAUAUAUGUUAUUAAUUUGGUCGAUUUAUUAUUUUUUCUCAACAUCUGCAUUAAUGUUCUUUUUUGAAAAGUUUCAUCCCAUUGAAGACAAAAUUUCCUUUCGACUGGAAAUUGGUAUAACUUUAUUGACAAUCGUAUUUGGUGUAUACUAUGAUAAGAAAUUUCGGAACUGCUUACAAAAGCUCAAUAUUGUCGACAGCACCUUGCUUGAACUCGGAACAGUGACAGAUUAUAAUAAUUUACACAUAAAAACAUGGUGGAUCGUCUUAGGAUGGAUCAUGCUGAUUUUAUUUAUGAAUUUCAGUUCAACAUUAUAUGUAAAAAAUAAAUAUAACUGUAAUGUUGAAAUGGCCGUAUUUUACAUCUUUAUACUAAAUCAUUGUUUUCAUCUUAACUUUAUUGGUGAUUUGACUACUGCAAGUAUUCUCAAUUACAUAGGAUUAAAGUUUGAUCAAACCAAUGAACAUCUUCAGCAUUUGAUAAAAAAUAAUAAACAUAAAAAAAAGCAGGAUUGGAAAAAUCCUAUGAUGUAUCCAGAUCAAUGUAGAUUUUCUAAAACACUAAACAGGAAAUGCGUUAUUUGGAUCGUUAUACAUCUCCACUUAGAGUUGCGCAAAAUAUCAAAUGAAAUAGACUCAAUAUUUGGAACACAAAUGACUUUUAAAAUGGCUUGCUAUUUUGGUUGGAUGGUGACUGACUUGCGUGAAAUUCUUUGUGCAAUUCUUAUCAACAAUUAUAUACAACCCAGAAUAAUAGGUGUCAUCAUAAACAUUAUCUGGUUUUCUCAUAACGUUUUUAAAUUUCUGUUAAUUAAUUAUAUGUGUGAAACAAUCAGUACUAAGGCAAGUGUAACAAUAGAUUCAUUGAAUAGAUUACUUAAUUUCAAUUAUGAUGUUGAAAUUCGUGAAAUUAUAUCACCAUAUUCUUUACGAAUAACCUAUGCACCACUUAGAUUCUACGGAGUUGGAUUGUUCCAAUUUGGUUACAAAUUUCUUCAGAAGUUUAUCAUGUCUAUUGCGACGGUUUUAGUUAUAAUAAUACAAGCGCAUGCAAAUAAAUAAACAUUUCUAUUAAGUUAUAGUAGAAUUUAUAAAAAAUAAUUUAAUAAAAAAUCCUUAUCUGUUUUAUACGUAUUUAAUAAAAUGCGUUACACAAUAUGUUUUUGAUUUUGUUUUUAUGUACCCAUAUACAUCAGUAUUAAAAACGGGAAUUAAUAAUGAUUGAAGAAAUAAUUAUUAAUUGAAGACCUUUUUAUAUAAGAUAAGAUUUUAUAUAAGAAAGAAACAAUAAAUACUUUUUAUUAUCAUUAUUUUAUUAUUUUGCAUCAGUUCUAUUUGUCUAUAAUCUUCAUUAUUAAGAGAAUUAAUUUUUCUUCUGAUUUUGUGUAAUUAUUAAAAUAAUACAAUUUCUAUGGUAGACCUAAGCACUGACGGGUUCUAGGGGGAAUGGGGUUGAACUUCCUUUCCAAAUUAAAAAAAAUCAGUCUAACUAGAUCCGUUUAAAAAAUUUAGGUAAAAUGAUACAGGCCGAUUAACGCGGGCGUCCAUGGAUCAAGUACUUAUGCAUAAGAUUCAAUGUUUACAAACUGUCUGAUGUCCAAUAUAUAAUGUUCAGCAAAAUUUUAUUACAUCCCCCUCCUAUUAUCGACGUCAGGAUCCAUUAGUGGACCUAAUCACUUAAUAGUGGAACCACUUUAAUCGCGUAUACAUAUUUAUGCUAUUUUUAUAUUUUUAUACAUAUACUUGUUACAACAGUAAUUAUGAUUAAAACAU